AGGACGUUUUGGAAAACUUUCAUCCGGAUAACGGGGCUGUCUAUAUAAUUAAUGAAAGUCCCAAAUUAUAAGAACUGAGUUGGAGGGAGGAGGGAACUCUUUCCUACCAAAGUCUAUUUUUAAAUGCUUCCUUUUAAACACAUUAUACUGUAAGGUAGACAGGGAUAUUAAAUUCGGGUCAGCUCUUAAACCGAAACAGACACAAGACUUCGGAAACGCUGUCAAAGAUGGAGCGAACACAAUAUGCCGGGAGGUUUCCGUGUUAGACCACAAACUUCACUUUACGCACACGUAAAGGCGGAACGCAAUUUCAGCGGGAACAGUGUCACUGCCGGACCCGAAGUCGAAGGCCGCCUUCCCUAUUGCGCAGGCGCAGCACCACCAACUCUGCAUGGAAGUAGAGGCUCUGCUGUGUGUGGUGGUGGCGGUGCUGGCAUGUGGCUUACUCUGGGUUUGGGACUCAGCAGGAAGAAUGGAGACUCCCAGGCAGGCGGGCUUGCUGGAAGUCGGAAGCCGGGCCCUCCUGGUGAUCGCGCACCCGGAUGAUGAAGCCAUGUUCUUUGCUCCCACAGUGCUAGGCUUGGUCCGCCUGAAGCACCAGGUGUCCCUGCUCUGCUUCUCUGCAGGAAAUUACUACAAUCAAGGAGAGAUUCGAAAGAAAGAACUUUUGCAGAGCUGUGAUGUUUUGGGGAUUCCAUCUUCCUGUGUAAUGAUUAUUGACAACAGGGAUUUCCCAGAUAACCCAGGAGUGCAGUGGGACACAGAGCUUGUGGCCAGCGUUCUCCUCCAGCACAUAGAAGUCAAUGAUAUCAACCUGGUGGUGACUUUCGAUGCAGGGGGCGUCAGUGGUCACAGCAAUCAUGUUGCUCUGUAUGCAGCUGUGAGGGCCCUGCACUUAGAAGGGAAGUUCCCUGAAGGGUGUUCCGUGCUCACGCUUCAGUCUGUGAACGUGCUGCGUAAGUAUCUCUCCCUCCUGGACCUGCCCUGGUCUCUGCUAUGUACCAAGGAUGUCCUUUUUGUGCUCACCAGUGAAGAAGUGGUACAGGCCAAGAAAGCUAUGUCCUGCCACCGCAGCCAGCUCCUCUGGUUCCGCCACCUCUACGUUCUGUUCUCCAGGUACAUGAGAAUCAACUCACUACAAUUUCUCUGAAGCCUUGAAGAGUUUUCAGAUCUAAGGAACAAAGAGAAGAAACAGACCAGGGGCCUGGCUUAGAGAUGGCCCGGGGAGAUGCAGCUAAGCAGCCUCUGUAGAAGGGAGGCCAUGUAGGCCCACUCAUGGGUCACCCAAACUUGGCUUCAUCAGGGGCCCAGGACAUAUGGGGGGACCCCACAGGACCAGAAAUAAACUAACCCAAGGAUAAUAAUAGGUGCUAGCUUCUGAAGUUCUUGUGAAAACGAAUUUGCAUAAUGAUAGAGCCUGGGCAGGCUGCUAUUAUCAUAAAUGAAUGUAAAGGUGCUCUAAAAACACUUCGCAGAUGUGAUUUUUAUGUUGUUUCCAAAGUAGGCUGUGUUAAUCUGUUUCUUUUGCUAUAACUGGAUACCACAGACUGGAUAAUUUAUAAAGAAUUGAGGUUUAUUUAGCUCACAGUUCUGGAAGCUGGGACAUCCAAGAGCAUGGUAGUGGCUGGCAUCUGCUCACCAGUUGGUGACAGCUUCUUUCUUUAUCGUAUAAGGCAAGGGUUCAACAUGGUGAGACAAAGCCACCCCUACUCCAACCCACUAAUCCACCAAUGAUCCAGUCACUUACCAAAAGUACAGUCUCUCAGCACUAAUGCAUUAAGGACCAAAUCUCUACACGUGAAUUCCAGGGGGAACACCCAAACCAGAGCACAGGUUCCCAAAAACAUAUACACACAAUAUAAGUCUUUAUUCAAUUAUCUCAACUAUAAUUCCUUCGAUUUUUCUUUGUCCCUGCUUAUCAGAACUUGAAUCAAGGGAGACCAUGCUUUAUCACCAUGGUGGGCACUGAUACAUACAGAGAUGAUUACGUGGGUCCUCCCUCAAGGAACUUACAAGCUCUCAGUCUUUUGGGAGAAGCAGGAAAAAGG